AUGCCCUCGGCCGGGCGACAGAGGUCGUCAGGGCCGGCGGCGUCCGCCCCUGAGGGACAGCCGGCGCUGACGCAGAAAAUGAAAGUAUUAGUAGAAAGAAGGAGGAGUGUUCCAUCUAGUCCCCUCCAUAGAGCUCCGCAAGAACAGCCUAGAAUCAGCAUGGAAAGGCCUGCUGCUGGCAUGAACAUCUGUGCGUUUCUGUCAGCAUUUGCCUGUUCUGAUAGGACUCUGCUGAUUGACGGCCUGGUGGAGCUCAGAACAGGCCUGCAGAGGCAGGAACGCCAUCUAUUUCUCUUCAAUGAUCUGCUUAUUAUAGCCAAAAGCAAGCAUAAGAAUAAUUUGAAGUUGAAAAACAUGAUUCAAUUAUCUGACAUGUGGACAGCAAGCUGUGUCAAUGAAGUGGGAGACGGCAAGAGCAGUGCUAUGAAAUCCUUUGUCUUGGGGUGGCCCACUCAAAACUCUGUGGCCACUUUCAGUUCUUCGGAAGAAAAGGAUACAUGGCUGUCUCUCCUUCAGAGACACAUCGAUCUCGAGAAACAAAAGGACCACCUGAAGAGUAUUCCCAUCAGAAUAUUCACCGAGGACAUGGGGAAUUGUGUACAUUAUAAAACAAUCAAAGUAAAGAACACAGACAGAGCAAGUGAAGUAAUCCACAAGUUAUUGUCAGUGCUAGGGGGCUGUGAGGGAGAUUACCAGUUAUGCAUCAAUUCUGGGAAAGAAGAAGCAGUGUACCCGCUAAUUGGACAUGAAUAUCCCUAUGGGAUUAAAAUGAAGCAUCUGCGAGACAAUGCACUCCUAAAAGCAGGCUCAAAGGACUCUACCACCAUUUUCAACUCCCAAGAGGCCUUCCUGAUGGAAGAGCUGCCAGGAGAGAGGCAGUGCCGAUUCAUCUUAAAGCCCAGAGUCCUGGCUGCAGCCCAGCAAUUGAGAGAUUCACAUCAGAAGACAUCUCAAAAGAGAAGAUGUAUCAUCAAUUUGGCCUGUUGUUGGGGUUCUAGCACUGACCAGGACAACUCCCUUGUGUCACUGCCAGUAUCUCCUCCUGUGGCAGGAGAGCUCCUUGGACUUUCUUUGGAAAAUACCUCUGAGAAGGACACACAUGAGGUUGUUGAUGCCCCAUGUGUCAAUACAGGAAAGACAGUUGGCCAGGGAAGCACAAACAUGGCCUCUGUUUUAAAGUUCACUGAUGACAUCCUCAAGCAGCCUGAGGUGCAAGAUGUUUUAAACAAAAACGACUGUGACUUGGAGCAGUGUACUGAAGAAGGAGCUCAAAUAGAACAUCCACUUGAGUCCAAACUUUUUGGAGUUUCUCUGAAAAAUAUUUGUAAAAAUGACUAUCUGCCGAAACCUAUCAUGGAUACUCUUUUGUUCCUGAAUGAAAAAGGCCCUCUGAAGGAAGGCAUCUUCUUUGUACCGGCCAACACGGAAUAUUGCCGACAACUAAAAGAAAAACUUAAUUGUGGAGUACCAGUACAGCUGUACCGGGAAAAUGCCUUUGUUCUGGCAUCUAUCUUAAUGGAUUUUCUAAAAGAAAUUCCUGGAAGUAUUUUGUCAUCCGAUCUUUAUGAUGAGUGGGUCAGUGUCAUGGAUAAUGGAGAGGAUAAAGACAAAAUAAAUAAAAUUCAAAGCCUCUUAGAGAAGCUUCCAAGAGCAAAUGUCGUGCUCUUGAACUAUCUAUUUGCCUUACUGUACAAUAUUGAGAAAAAUUCUACAUCGAAUCAGAUGGAUUCAUCGAACCUGGCAGCAUGUCUGGCUCCCACAAUUCUUUGGCCUGCUACUUCCUGCGGCCCAGAACCAGAAAAUGAAUUGGCAAGAAAGGUUACGCUGCUCUUUCAAUUUAUGCUGGAGAAAUGCCAAACAGUAUUUGGAGAAGAGGUCACAUCCCUUUACGGAGAAUUUUCAGGAACACAUGACACUAGAGGAAAUUCCUCAGAUGUUUCUCACUUUGAACUGAGUGACUCCUCCUCAGUAGAGAGCCUGGAAUGUGAGGAUGACGUUUAUGCUCCAUUCUCUGAUGUGAAGGACCUUGAGCACUGGAAGACAAGCAUACAGUCUAUGCUAAUGGACAUUGAGAAUCUUGACCCAGCUGAGGUGGCAUACCUUUUAUCACUCAAUGACUUCCUCUUGGAGCAUCCUGAAUAGGGAGUUGCUCAAUGUGGUGUGCUCUUAAAGCCACACCACAUUUUCAUUCUCACAAAUAUUUUUGAGCUUGAGAACACAGGUGUUAUUAUUAUCUCUGUUUUACGGCAAGGAGAUUAAGACUCAAAGAGUUAAAGUAACUUAUCCAAGGACACUUUAAAAAUGAAUGGCAGAAUGGGGACUCUCGGGCUGGUUUUCUGACUCUGGACCUGCGAUCUCUUGAGGACAAGAUUUGUUGAAAAAGUGGAAGAAGUUCAUGUCCGUGGCUUCAGAUGGAAUUCGUUACUUCUAUACCAUAAAGUGCUGUAAAGAGGACUUCUGGCCAGCUGCUGAGACAUGUCUCUUACAGGCAAAGCAGAGUGCCUCUGGAGAGCAAAUCUACAAUGAGAGGAUCCAACGUGGGAAUCUGUGAUAUGCAUGCUAAACUCAAACUAAGGUGAUGGCGAGUGACAUUGCAUUAAAAGAAUUGUGAAUUGGGGUUUUCAAAGGCCUGCCCACAGGAGUCUAGGGCUAUUUUAUUUAUUCCCUGCUCUCCAGGGGCCCUGAUGAUUUAUUUGUUCUAAAUCAAAUUGAUUUAAAUGAAUAUGUAAUCAGUCAGAAAUAAUAUUUUUCAAUCAUUCAAUUGGCAAUUUUUCUUUUUUGGUUAAGAAUAUUGGCUAUACCUUUACAAAAAUAAUUAUCCAAGCUAAGAGAAUAGCAUUAUUACAAUCACUAUUAAAUUUUUUGUUAGUUCAUGUAGGGUAAGAGGGGAAAUAAUAGUGUAACUGGCUCCAUAAGAUAGAAAAUGCUUUUCUCAAUAAUACUUUUAGUUUCAAUGGGUUUUUAGUGUUCACAUUAUGGCUGGGGCUGGUAGCUGUUAGUAACCUCCACUGUAAGAUUUACCUCGGCCCUGGUAGCUUAGCAGCUACAGUCUCAAAAUAGGCAGAAAUUAGGCACAGAACAGUCAGAUUUGCUGAUUGGAACUUUGUAACUUUCUGUUGCACUGACACAUUCUCUUUUGAGUUUCUUUGCCAGGAAUGGUGGAACCUUCUUCAAAGCCUCACACCACCUGUUUGUUUGGAGAAAAAAAGAUAAGUAAUACUCUACCACAAACCAUGCCCACAGACCCCCUGAAUCUGUGUCCAAGGCUGAAAGAAUAAUCAAUAUUAACCCCUAGUUUAUAAUGAUACUAAAAUCCCCACCCUGGGAGGGGGUUUAUCUGCCAUUUUUUGAUCAUGGGACAUAUUUACUCACAUGAUUUCUCGCUGCACUUGCAUGCCCUGCACUCUACUCCAAACAUGCAAUGAUGCUCACACCCCACCUGCAUUAUUCAUUUCACCUCUAGAAAAAACAUGUUGGCUGAGGAGGUUCAUUUUAGGCAGUUCAUAACCCCCUCCCAGUUGACAUGCCCACUAAAAUAAAUCCUUUCCUCCUUAACAAUCCUCGCUAUCUUACUAACUGGUUUUCUGUGUGGCAGGCAACAUCGACCCCCCCUUGUGGGUUCGUUACCCACUUGGGGUCUCAUCCAGGAUCCGUUGCUCAUGGACUGGUGGCCAAGGAGUGGGGACAGACUUUAGCCUCCCUAGGAGCUGCCUGGCUGAGUUUCUGCCAGAGAUGUUUCUCACUUUGAACUGAGUGACUCCUCCUCAGUAGAGAGCCUGGAAUGUGAGGAUGACGUUUAUCCUCCAUUCCCUGAUGUGGUGAAGGACCUUGAGCACUGGAAGACAAGCAUACAGUCUAUGCUAAUGGACAUUGAGAAUCUUGACCCAGCCGAGGUGGGAUAUCUUUUAUCACUCAAUGACUUCCUCUUGGAGCAUCCUGAAUAGGGAGUUGCUCAAAUGGAUGGGCCUCUUAAAGCCACACCACAUUUUCAUUCUCACAAAUAUUUUUGAGCUUGAGAACACAGGUGUUAUUAUUAUCUCUGUUUUACGGCAAGGAGAUUAAGACUCAAAGAGUUAAAGUAACUUGUCCAAGGACACUUUAAAAAUGAAUGGCAGAAUGGGGACUCUCGGGCUGGUUUUCUGACUCUGGACCUGCGAUCUCUUGAGGACAAGAUUUGUUGAAAAAGUGGAAGAAGUUCAUGUCCGUGGCUUCAGAUGGAAUUCUGUUACUUCUAUACCUUAAAGUGCUGUAAAGAGGACUUCUGGCCAGCUGCUGAGACAUGUCUCUUACAGGCAAAGCAGAGUGCCCGCAGAGAGCAAAGCUAUGAUGAGGACAUCCAAAGUUGAAACCUAUAAUAUGCAUACUGAAAGUGAAACUAAGAAGAUGGCCAGUGACAUGGCACAGGGAGGAUACUGAAUGGGGGUUUUCAAAGGCAUGUUCACAGGGAUCAAUGCCUCUUCUGCUUAUUCCCUCCUCUCCCUGGAACCUGUUGAUUUGUUCUUAAUCAAACUGGUUGAAAGAAUAAAUAACCAGUCAGAAAUAAUGGCUUCAAUCACUCAA